CCCAGAUUAGCCGGAAAAUGAGUGACACGCAGCUAGGACUGCUAAAUCAUGGCAGCAUUUAUGGAACGUUUAUCUUUCCUGCAGAAAAUCCCCACCUUGAUGAAGGCAACUGCAGAUGAUGAAACUCCUUGUCCUGGCUACCUUUUCCAGGAGAUUGGAAAAAUCUGCCACGAGUCGUCCGGUUAUGGCCAGUGUUUGCUGGAAUAUCUCCUGGAGAGGCUUCAAGUGGAGUCAUGUCACGUCAAACUGAAGGUGCUGAAGAUCUUCAUCCAUCUGUGCGGACACGGUUCAAAGCACUUCCUCACGGAGCUCAGAAGGAACUCCACCUUCAUCCAGCAGGCGUCGACUUACAGCGGCGCUCCAGAUCCCGUCCACGGCACGGCGCUGUACCAGAGAGUGAGGAGUGCAGCACAGGAAGUGGCCCGUUUACUUUUUACAGAUACAGUUUCCACCAAAGACAGCAUUGCUCCUCACACCACAGGCCCAACAUCUGUGGGAAUGGGGUCAGCAGGCUCCCAAAGGUCGGGGUUGCAGGGAUUUGGGUACAGUCCGGGGACGCAGGGGACAGGCAGCGACACCCUGCUGGAUAAGAUCCAUAAGGCUGCUGAGGUGGUGGCCAGCGCCGUCCUUCCCCCCACCGAGCACCAGGGCAUCCGCCUGCAUGAGAACCACUACCGGGCCGUCGUGGCGCCAUCCGCACCAAUAGAGGUUGCCGUGGCAGCGUGCGCUUAUAACCUGCCCACUCACAGAUCGAAAGCCAGCCAGCGAUGCCCGGGGCAGGUGGGGGGCGGAUGGGAAGAGACGGACAGCAGCAACGGCUCCUCUCACAACUCCUCACAGGACAUGGCCGCCAACAGCAGAGCUUCUGCUGGCAGCAAGUCAGCUGGCAGCAGGAGCCAAUCAGGAGCCAGCAGAGAAAGUAAUGGGGACCCCUCUGAACGGACCGAAGCGCUGCAGCUGGGGGACUGUGGUCAGGAGAUGGCUCUGAUCAGCAGACUGACUGAAGGAUCCAAAGUUUUCCUGACCAGAGAGGAGAGUCAACACUUCCUGAAAGAGUGUUCUACUCUUAAUUGUGAAGUUGUGGUGGAGUUGCUCUCAAGCAAGCUUCAAGAUCUAUCAUACACAGUUAAGAUGCGGGCUCUGUGUGCUAUCGCCUGCCUCAUGACCUCCGACCUUCUUGCUCUGGAGCAAACAUUCAGAGCGACUCAGCUCAGACUCUGCCAGCUCAGUGAGGGCCCUCCAGGACCGGUGGCCAACAAGGCUACCAAGAUCCUGCGACAGUUUGAGGCUCUGAUGGGCGGACCACAACAAGCCACCAGACAAAACGCGGCGCAAAGCAGCCAUCAGGCAACGUCUAAUCAGUGUCACCCCGCUGCACACUUGGAGAGCUCAGAAGCAACAAACUCAGCCGACACCUUUUCUGGACCUAAUGAGUCUGAGCUCUCGUCCAGCAUCAUCCAACCGCAAAAUCUCCUGUCUUCGUCUUCCAGUCUGGAUGAGACUUGGAGAUGCUCGACGUUGGAGCAACUGGACGAUCUGACCAGCAAUAAGGUCGAGUCAGUCAGGACUGCUGGAGACCCAGAACUUAUUGACAAAGAAAGUCCCUCUCUUACCUCUAAACCCGAGAGUGCGCCGGCCAAUCAGAGCAGCCUGAGUCUGUUUAGUGGGAUGGAGCUGGUGACCAGGGGGUACGGACGAGGCAUCCCGCACGCAGAGUCCAACAAGACAGACGAGAGUUCGAGCGUGACUCAAACUGGACUUAACGCUGAAUGUUCACAGAACUCCUCCAUGGUUUGGAUUGAAAACACAGAGGAGGAACCUUCAGGCUGCAGGCCUGUCUCAUCGGCUCCAGAACCAGUAUCCGUUUUCUCCUUUCUCAACUCUUGACUACCUGCUACACUUCUGUUCUACGCCGAUGUCAAAUAUAUAGCCUUUCAGAAAGGGUUAUUGUAACUUAUUUUUUAUUUAACAACUUAUAACUUUACCCCAUGUACAACUAGUCAGGCAUAACAUUAUGACCACCAACAUGGAUUUUUAGGGGUGCAUUGAUUGCACCUUUUUGGCUAAUCACCAAUCUUUAAAUAGCUUGACCUACCGAGUCCGAUUUUGGCCGAUACUGAUUUUGCUUGAAGUGAUACCUGGUAGUACCUGGUCAACUUUAUGCUCACAAACACCUACAGAUGCCUUAUCGAUCGGACUAUUUGCUUGUAGGAAUAGCAUGAACUGAGCUCUGUCUGUUUUUGUCAGGUUUAUCCCAUUUUAGUCAGCAACCAUGUUGAGUAAAAAGCAUCAAGAUGGUGCUGGAACACCAGUAUCCAUAUGUGGAAGUGUCUUCUGUUCUAGCAGGCCUGAAAAGCCUCUAUUUGUGUCAACACUUUUUAAAAUGUCUUAUUCUUUUUGACAACUGUGGAAAACUCUUAUCGUAAUUUGUUUCUCAUCGUCAACGAUUCAAAGGUUUUUUGGCUCAAAAUCCCUGUGAGGCUGUCAGUCAAGUCCUCAAGGGCCAGCAUCCUUCAACUUUUAAAUGUAUCCCCUGUCCAACAAACCUGAAUCAAUGGCUAAACUACAUCCUCUGUAUGGAGUCGAGUUCUUCAGCGUGACCUAAAAAUGUGACUACAGGUGUUUUGAAGCAGAGUCUAAAAGCUCUUGAGGACCAGAGUUUGACACGUGUGCUUUAAAGGAUCUUGGUGCCAGACACCAAAGCACUCCCUCACUGGUCUAGUUAGACCAGUCAUUUGAGUCCAUGGCUUAACUGGUUGUGGCUGAUGAACACACUACUUGACAAGGGUCAUAUUAUUAUGCCUGAACAUUGUCCCUGUUAGAUUAACUUUUUUUUUGUCUGUUUGCUGCUUUCAACAACAAACUCAGCCAAGAGUCUGACUUAGAAAACUGCAGAGAAACAUGUCUGUCCUGACGGGGGGCUGAGGGUCUGCAAACUUUGAUGCCUUAGGUUUAUUUUCUAUGAAGUAUUAUAACAUCUUGAGGUUUUGUGAAAUAACAGGAUAUAAACAUGCCUUACAAUGUUGAAAGGCAGUAAGCACAGAAUCAGAGAUUCAGAGAACAAAGAUUGUUUUACAGCUCAUGGUUGCUUUAUCUCAGGAUUCUUUUUUUUUUUUUUUUGAAGUAACGACCAACACCUCUGGUGCAUGUUGUGAACCUUUAAGGGAACCCCCUAUUUGUGAUUUGCACUACAGAUGCUUUUCUUUUAACCUCAAACCUUGGAAUGAAAUUAGUCUUCCAUAUGUUUUGUUACUAAGCUGUUAUGUGGGUGUGAAAUUUUCUUUACCUGAGGAAAAUGUCUGGGAAAUUGUAGUUGAAAGGUUGUAAUGUGCAUGAUUUAAAAUUGAAUGGAUUAUUUUUCAUAUUUGAGGUUUUGAAUCUGUGAUGGGACAAGUGUUUGAAGCAUCUGCAGUCUCUUCAAAUGUCACGUUACAUUUACAGACUACAGUAAAGUGCAGUACAACCUUAUGUAAAAAUAAACUGCUUCAGUGAAUACAAGCCAUGUUGCUGAACAAUAAAACAUGCUGUACUUUUUUUUUUUUACAGCAUAACCGAUUCAGUACUUAUUUAUUGCUGCUCAAGUCGAACUCUUAACUUAAAUAUUUAAGAGGAACGCAUAAAAAAUUAGCCAUGAUGCAUGAAAUAAAGUUCUUUCAGGCUGCUUUAAAUAAUUAUGUGCCCUCUUGUGUCAAAUACCAAAACAUCACAUCAGAUUUGAAGUGAGGUUUAGAUUUGAAGUGAGGUUUUGGCUCAACACUUAGCUUAGCAUGGCAUGUUGUAGUUACUACAUUCAAGAUUUAAAAAUGUAUGCUUUUAAAACCUAAAGUUCUCUGACGUUUGGAUUGUGUAGACUGGUGUUCUUACAUGUUAUGGGUAUGUGCAGCCAUGUGAAUGUGAGCAGAUAAAAAAAGACAGAAGAAAGGCACAGAAUCAUUUUAUCCAUAAGAUUUAAGAAUAAUUCAAGAUGAACAAAGUGUUUAUUGAGUCAUUCCUGGGAACAUCCUCCUCCUCCUACCACUUCCUGUCGUCGUCUUCUUCAUGGUUUGCACAAGCGGCAACAUCCGGCACAUGUAAAAAGAAUGUGACUCGUGAUGAGAAAAAAAUUGCUUCCAUUGCAGUCUUGUGAAAUAAACCAAUUUAGAACAACA